AUGGAAUCUGGUCACAUGGAGAUAGUGACCCAGGACAGACUUGAUGAAUCUCAACAUUUUUUCUUGCCCCAUCAUGCUGUAGUUAAAAAUGAAUCAUCGUCUACAAAGCUCAGAGUUGUCUUCGAUGCUAGCGCCCCCUCCUCUACAGGGAUUUCUCUCAACCAGACGUUAUUAUCUGGGCCAAAGCUGCAAAAUAAAAUUUGUGACAUUCUUAUUAAUUUCAGACUACAUCCUAUUGUAAUGUCCUGUGACAUCAAGCAAAUGUUUAGACAGAUUAAAAUGCACCCUGAAGAUCAAAACUUUCAGCUUCUCUACUGGAGGAAGGAUUCAUCGCUCCCCAUGAGUAUCUAUCGAUUAACAACUGUUGUUUUCGGCUUUGUGAGCUCCCCAUUUUUGGCAAUACGAACAUUGAAACAACUUGUCCUAGAUGAAGGUCAAAACUAUCCAUUGGCUUCCAAAGUGAUGGAAAAACAGGUUUACGUUGAUGAUUUAAUAUUUGGAGCCAACUCACCAGAUGAAGCUCGAACUACGCAGAAAGAAAUUAUUGAUCUUCUGUCAAAAGGUGGUUUUGAUUUGAGAAAGUGGGUUUGUAACCGACCCGAACUAAUAAGCGACAUACCUGAAUCUUACAAGGAAAAGCCUAUGUAUUUCCAAGGUCCAGAUAAUCCUUUCUACAGUAUCUUAGGCAUAAAAUGGGAGUCAGAGAAUGAUCACUUUUCUUACAGGCUUGAUAUCCCGGAGAAGCCCCUUACCAAGCGAAACAUCCUCUCAGCCGUUGCUCAAAUUUUUGACCCUUGUGGAUAUCUUGCUCCUACCAUCUUCUGGACCAAAGCCCUCUUACAACUUCUUUGGACUCUAGGACUGAAAUGGGAUGAACCCAUUCCUACUGAUGUUGCAGAAAAAUGGAACAAGUUUUAUGACCAACUCCCUCAACUGAGAAAUAUUUUCAUACCUCGAUAUGUACACCUGCAUGAUGCCGUAGAUGUACAGUUACACGGUUUCUCAGAUGGUUCCGAAGCAGGUUAUAGUGCUGUUGUCUACAUCCGAACUGUCUCAGCAGAUAAUAAUAUCAGAGUGUCCUUGCUUAUCGCCAAAUCACGUGUAGCUCCUCUCAAAAGGAUAUCCAUUCCGCGCCUGGAGCUUUGUGGAGCACAUCUGCUGGCGGAAUUGUUGAACUACUUCCAACCUAAUCUCUCAAAAAUGUGA